AUGAAUAUCUCUACAGUGAACUUCACCACACCUGAAACAUCUAUCUUCACAACUCAUUCAGUUGGGCUAAUGGACAUUCUGGAAAUAAGCGUGUACAGCAUCAAUUUGUUGUUUAGUUUUCCUAUGCACUGCUAUGUUAUAUGGCUCAUGAUUGGAACAAGAAGGGGAGUUGCAACAGAUUUCUUCAACCUCAAUCUCUCUGUUUGUGAGAUUGGUAUCUGUCUGAAUAGUUUGGUAUUUAUACUGUCAGUUUGGUUUUCAAGUCUUAAUAUAUUAGAUCUGUUUUUAGUAGGAUUUACACUUACUGGUCGUCCUCUGUUUCAGUGCCUAAUCAGUGUUGAGCGUUACCUGGCAGUGGUUCAUCCUGUAACCUUUCUGAAGUUCAAACCUCUCAGAUAUAGAGUGAUCUGCUGCAUUGUGGCCUGGAUCAUUAAUCUAGGUUCCUGUUUGGUCUGCAUGCACAAUUUAGCCUCAAAGAACAUUCAUGCACAUGCAUGGUUCUUGACAGUUCAACUUACACUGGUCAUCUCAAUCCAGUUGUUUUGUCUUGUGGCUGUUCUCAGAGCUCUGAAGCAGUCAGGACCAGGAGAGAGAGGGAGAGAGAGAAAGGAGAAAAACCCCAUGAAAAGAAAAGCACUCUAUCUUAUUCUAAUUACUACUGUGACUAUGAUUAUUCUAUAUUUCCCAUUUGCAGUCACAGGAUUCGCUAUCAUUUUUACCGCAGACAGUUCUCCGUCAGUUUGGAUAACUAGUUUGACUUGUUUUAUUCUGGCUGGUUUUGUGCAGCCUCUUAUUUAUCUGCACCGUGCUGGAAAAAUCUCCUGCCUUUGUUCAUCAUAA